AUGUUCAUGUUAUGGCUUCGCACGCUUUUAACGUGCGCGGUUAUCGCUGUGCUCAGCAUCGACAACGCCGAAGGCUCAGCCAUGGUUCCAUGGUGGCGUCCGUCUGGCAAUAGCUGUAUCCGCGUUGGCCACAAACGAGUCGUUGAAAUUCCAAAUUGCGUACGCUUUGAAAUCGCGACGAACGCUUGCCGUGGAUAUUGCAUCUCGUACGCUACACCGUCACCGGAGAACACGCGGAAAAUGAACAGGAACCAGAGUAUCACCUCGUACGCCCAGUGCUGCAGCAUCGUAGAAACGGAAGAGGUCAAAGUAAACGUCCGCUGCUUAGACGGUAUACGACAACUCGUCUUCAAAUCGGCCAAACGCUGUGAAUGCGGCGAUCACUGCAAGAAAUACUAG